UAACUAUAACUAAUACUUAAAGACUAUCAAUAGUUUUUGUUAAUGAAGAGUAUUGGAUCAAUUUGUUGUCAAAUAAAGUGAUUUACAUUUGAUUUGUAAGAAAUUAUUUAUCACUUGUUUGUCGACAAUUUAGUUUGUGAUCAUUGGACACAAUGCAAGCGCAACCAAUUCAAAUGUCUUCAGCUCAAGCCAUGUAUCACGUCAUCAAUAAUCCGAUGAUUAAUACGAAUAAUACGGAUCUGAAGAACCAAUUGAGUCAAUUGAAUAACGAAAACCAACAAUUGAGAAGAAAAUUGAAUACUAAGAACAAUGAGUGCGAGAAAUUCAAGAUGAAGGCCAAGGAGGCCAGGGAUGAGUGCGAACAAUACAAACAAAUGGUUAAUCAGUUUUCACAAUCAGUCAACUCUGUCAAUGGCAACAAUUCGUUAAACCUAUCGGUUAACCCGAUGGCCACAAUGUCUAAUAUGUCGAUGCCGUCCACAUCGGGCCCUAAUGUUGGCGCCGGUGGUAAACGUAAACGAAAGAACCAACAGUCGCAACACUACCAAUGCUGCUGUUGUGACAGCGACAAGAAGUAUGUCUGUGAGUUUGAGAACUGCGGCAAACGUUUCCGACAGAAACCACAUUUGGACGCACAUCAGGCCAUACAUACUGGUCGCCGGUAUGCAUGCGAUUGGCCUCAAUGUGGCAAAAGUUUUGUACGUAAAUACAAUUUGGCCGAACAUCAGAAACUUCAUUCGACAAUYAAUCCAAAUAUGUGUGAUUAUCCUAAUUGUGGCAAAUGUUUUAGCAGUAAAUACAGUCUAACCCGUCAUCAGAGCGCACAACACAACCAAACUUUGCAGUCAACCGAUGCCCGCCGACAAAUGCUUCUCAAUUCAGACCAAUAAUACACUCAUUCAGUGGUUAACUCAUUGACUCAACUAUUUUAAGUUAACCACAAAUACUAUUAUAUUAUAUAAAU